GAUUGAUUUAAUGUCACUUUGAAAGGCCAAAAGUUUUCAAAUAUUUUACAAUACUUUUUGUGUUAAUUUAAUAUUGAAACAUGUUUACGUAAAUGGUAUUUACGUGUUCUUUUUGUGCAAGUUAUCUUUCUCGAUACGUAAAUUAACAUACAGCUUUUUUGUUAUAUUGCCGGGAAGGUUAUGUUUUUUUGAACUGUUUAUUUAAAUUGCAAUUAAAAAAUGUUUGGAAACGAGAAAAACAACAAAAAGAAUGAAUUAACAAACGGCUUAGUCAAAAAUGAUAUCAUCAAUAAUAUACAAUUUAUGGCUAACAUCACUGACCUGGACUUAAGCAAUGGAAAAAUAUCAAGUCUUGAUGAAAACAUCAAACUGCCGCACAAUAUACUCCAUCUAAAACUAUCUCACAACAAAUUAACUGAAGUGCCUCCCAGUGUAUUAAACAUAGAUAAUUUAAAAAGUCUAGACCUUUCUUUUAACUCAAUAGAGUUCUUUGACGACAAACCAAGCUUCUGUCAUAGUUUAGAACGGCUCAACUUAACAAAUAAUAAUCUUAAAGGACCUCCUUUGUGGGUUUGGAAAGAAAACCCAAAUAAAUUAGUUUAUAUGAAUUUAAGUAAUAAUGAAAACAUAUGCCUGUCUUUUGAAAAUGGUUAUUUUGAAGAGAUUAUAAAGAUUAAAAUUUCAGUUGAGGAAAUAGAUGUGCAUAAUUGUAGACUUAAUAAAUAUGUGAAGUUUAUGUCUACAUUCUCUCAGGCUAAAGUUGUGAUAUUAGGCAAUGAGGAUUACAGUCACAAUAAAAAUAAUUUGGAUCAUUUACCAUGUGCUGGCCUUGACGAGUGCCACCAAAUAGAGAAACUAAAUCUCAUCAAUACGCAGCUAUACCACAUCAAUUCUAGUGUAGAUAUUUAUAAGAAUUUAAAAGAACUGAAUCUAUCUCAAAACAAUAUUUCUAGUCUACCUGAUGAGUUUGGUAAUUUGAUGAGUUUAGAGACUUGCAUCCUGUCAUGCAAUAAUAUUCUUUACCUGCCUGAUACUAUGUACAAAUUAAAAAAAAUAAUUACUCUGAAAUUAGAUGACAAUAAACUAUGUAUGCUUCCUGAAAAGUUACAUGAAAUAUCUAGUCUGAAAAUCCUGGAUCUGUACAAUAACAACUUAUAUGAAGGAUUAGAUACAAUGAACAAUUUUGAAGAACUGGAUUUUGCUCAAAACUACUUUGAAGAACCUAAUAAUGAAGAAUAUUUGGUGAAAAAAGCUAAGUUACGAGCAAACUGCUGUGACAGAGUCGAUGGAAGUAAACCUGAACCUGUAAAUGACGAUAGCGAUCGCAGCUAUACAAGUUGUGAUCAAGAUGAAGAAGAGCUCUAUGCUUUAAUAAACAAUGAUGGUGAAACAAUGAUGGUGAAUGAUGGUGAUGGUUGUAACAGCAAACAAGAAAUAGUUGACUCCCGGUCCAGUUCACCCGAAGAUUGGGACUCGGACAGUCAUUGGAUUCCUCAGUACUACAAGCCAGUCACCCCACCCAGUUCUCCAUGGCUAAUCUUCGUCAAGAAGAAGAUGGCAGAAGGAAACUUCUGUCCUAUGGAUGCCCAUGUCUUGUCUAUAGGUGAUCAAGUGAAGUAUGAGAAAAUGUGCAACCCUGUAGAACCAUAUGAGUCUGAUGGGCAGUUUGAUGAUUAUUCUGACGAUGAAAGCUGAUAUUUAACAUUUUGAUAUAGUACUUU